CGGCUCGCGAGGAGGCGCGGUUGGGGGCUUAUCGAUGAGGAUGUCGAGCCCGGCGCUCCUACCCGUGUCCAGCCGUCGGCUCGCGGCUCUGAGCCCGAGCUCGUCCGCCUCCUUUUACCCGCAUCACAGAGCCACCCUGCGGCUGUCGGAGAAAUUUAUCCUCCUGCUCAUCCUCAGCGCCUUCAUCACCCUGUGCUUCGGGGCCAUCUUCUUCCUGCCCGACUCGUCCAAGCACAAGCGCUUCGACCCGCUGGGGCUGCACGACGUGCUGAUCCCGCACGUCGACCAGGCGGCGAGGCCGGCGGGACGAGACGGCAGCGCCGGGCCACAAGGAGGAGGCGGCGGCGGCGGAGUCAUGGUGCAUGGAGGCGGGGAGGAGCAUCGGCACCGACACAGGUCGGAAGAGGAGCAACUUAGGAAAAUGAUCAGAGCAGAUCAUGAGAGAGCUCUCGAAGAGGCAAAGGAAAAAUUGAAAAAGUCCAAAGAUGAGAUCCGAGCAGAGAUUCAGACAGAGAAAAACCGCUUGGCACAGAAUAUGAAGAAAAAGGAAGGCAAACAGCUGCCAGUUGUACCUAUCCCCAAACUGUUGGGAAUCAACGAUGGGGACCCAGGAGAUCCAGACAUAAGAGAGAAACGAGAGAAAAUCAAAGAGAUGAUGAAGCAUGCGUGGAGCAACUACAGACAGUAUGCAUGGGGACACAAUGAGUUGAAACCACUCUCCAGAAAGGGCUAUUCCCCUAAUAUAUUUGGAAAUUCUCAGAUGGGUGCUACCAUAGUGGAUGCAUUAGAUACUCUCUACAUCAUGGGUCUUUUUGAUGAGUUUCGAGAUGGGAAAGAAUGGAUUGAGAAGAAUCUAGAUUUCAGUAUGAAUGCAGAAGUCUCGGUCUUUGAAGUGAAUAUUAGGUUUAUCGGAGGCCUGCUUGCUGCUUACUAUCUCUCGGGAGAAGAGGUCUUUAAGCAGAAAGCCGCACAGCUCGCUGAGAAGCUACUGCCCUCGUUCAAUACUCCCACAGGCAUUCCUUGGGCAAUGGUAAAUCUGAAGAGUGGUGUUGGACGGAAUUGGGGCUGGGCAUCUGCUGGGAGUAGCAUUUUGUCUGAAUUUGGAACUCUGCAUUUGGAAUUUGUGCAUCUAAGCUACUUGACCGGGGACUCCGUCUACUACAACAAAGUGUUGCAUAUUCGGAAGCUGUUGCAGAAGAUGGAUAGACCUAAUGGCUUGUACCCCAACUACCUUAAUCCAAGGACUGGGCGGUGGGGCCAACAUCAUACCUCCGUUGGUGGACUGGGAGACAGCUUUUACGAAUAUUUACUGAAAGCCUGGUUGGUGUCAGAUAAGACUGAUACCGAGGCAAGGAAGAUGUAUGACGAUGCCAUUCAGGCUAUUGAAAAGCAUCUGAUCAGAAAGUCAAACAGUGGUUUGACUUUCAUUGGUGAGUGGAAGAACGGUCACCUGGAGAGAAAGAUGGGGCAUCUAACAUGUUUUGCUGGGGGGAUGUUUGCUUUAGGAGCAGACGGGUCCCCAGAUGAUAAAGCUGGUCACUAUCUGCAGCUCGGUGCUGAAAUUGCCCACACCUGUCAUCAGUCAUAUGAUAGAACAGUGCUGAAGCUGGGUCCUGAGGCAUUUAAACUUGAUGGUGGGACAGAAGCAGUGGCGCUGAGACAAAAUGAGAAGUACUACAUCCUCCGGCCAGAAGUGAUAGAGACCUACUGGUAUAUGUGGAGGUUCACGCACGAUCCCAAAUAUAGGCAAUGGGGCUGGGAGGCAGCCCAGGCAAUUGACAAAUAUUGCCGGGUGAUCGGGGGAUUUUCAGGUGUUAAAGAUGUUUACUCUUCGACUCCAGCUUACGAUGAUGUCCAGCAAAGUUUCUUCUUAGCUGAAACACUAAAGUACCUGUAUCUCCUGUUUUCUAGUGACGACCUCUUGCCCUUGGACUACUGGGUUUUCAACACGGAAGCCCACCCUCUCCCUGUUUUGCGUUCAAAGAAUACUACACAUUUCUAGAAAUGUGACAUUUCGAUGAGGACUCCCAGGGAGCAAGAGCAGGAGAUGAACUCGCUGUUUGUCGUAGUGAUAGCAGGACAAGUGCAGCCAUUCCACUGGAAUCAAAGAAUCCUUCCCAACAGAACUCAAAUCAUUUGAGAUUAAACUGCAGGAAUGAUGUGGACAGUAGAGGCCAACUGGGAUAAUGCAUCUUUCACAGCAGAGCAACUACGAAUGUAUAGUUUCAGAAUGGUACAGUUGGUAAAUUGGUACAUUGCUAAUGCUAUACUUUAUGACUGAUGCUCCAAAUAAGUUUAACAGGACUAGCUGUAUCAGAGUAGUACAGUGUUCUGCACUGCCUGCGGGUGUUGUGGGGCCUCGGUCAGAGUGCAUUUGUCUCAGUUUUUAAAGAAACAGUAUCCCUUUUCAAUAUUGUAAGAUGGUUAUCCACCCAUACUUGGUUCUUUCUAGCCUUCCAGUUUUGUAGGAAGAACCUUGGUGAAGGGUAUCUCCUUGCUGAGGAAAUCUGAGGGUCGUUUUCCAGCUCUGACUUUACAUAAUAUGAAUGCGGAUGUCUUGGAUUUGCUGGGAUUUUGCUAGUUAUAAGUGUGCUUGUGAGAUUUCUGCACUUUUGCAAAAUGUCUUUACCCACAAAGAAGCCUUUAAAGUGAUUUAAAGAAAAUAAUUUUAAAAAUGUGAAAGCCCAAUAGACCACCAGGCUUGAUUUGCUUAGGGAGAAUAUUGCAUUCCCAUGUAGUGUAUGUUUCUGUAUUGUAGAAAGCUAUACUUUUCCCAGGAAAUUUCUAUUCAUUCCAAUGUUCACACAAAAUCCAUAAUAUUUGCCAGUGGUUCUGAAACGAGAGUGGUGUAGCUAAGAAUGCUUUGUUAUCAUCUUGAAGGUGAGAAGCUAAUAAAUAAUGUAAAGUAUUCUUUCUG